AUGGCUGCGAUCAAGGACACCGUUUCCAAUCUGAUCAACAUGAUCACUGGGUCGGCCGAGGAAGCUCCCCGCGAGCCCUCCGCCGAGGAAUUCAAGGAUCUCCAAAAGAAGUACACCGACGCGGGACAAGGACAAGUCUUUGCCUUUGUCGAUGAGCUCCAAACGGUCGACAAGUCUCGACUUUUCCACCAGCUGUCCACCUUCGACGUGACACGUAUCAACGAGCUGGCCGACAAGGCCCUCAACCCACCCAAGACCGACGAGACCCGCCGCAACCCUCGAGCCCCUCCCGAGCUCCGCGACCGCCUCGAUCAUCGAUUCGGAUCCCACCGAUCUCAAGGCCUGGGUACUCGUCUGGGAAGCUCCGCUCCCAAGGGCUGCUUUGACAUUGGUUUGUUGAGCGAGAAGUCGCUCUUCCAACUCCAGGCGGAGCGCAUUGUCAAGUUGCAGCAGUUGGCCAGCCAGGCUCACGGUACUCAGGGCGCCGUCAUCCCCUGGUAUGUGAUGACCAGUGGCCCGACCCGCAAACCCACCGAGGAGUUCUUUGAGAAGCACAAGUUCUUUGGCUUGAGCAAGGAGAAUGUUUUCAUCUUUGAGCAGGGUGUCUUGCCAUGCAUUUCAAAUGACGGCAAGAUCAUUAUGGAAAGCAAGAGUAAGGUGGCCGUCGCUCCAGAUGGCAAUGGCGGUAUCUACCAGGCCAUCGUGACGUCCGGUGUGCGCGAGGACAUGCGCAAGCGUGGCAUCAAGCACAUCCAUGCCUACUGUGUGGACAACUGCCUCGUCAAGGUUGCCGACCCCGUCUUCAUCGGUUUCUCCGCCUCCAAGAAGGUCGACAUCGCCACCAAGGUGGUGCGCAAGCGCGACGCUGCCGAGUCCGUGGGUCUGAUUCUGCAAAAGAACGGCAAGCCCGACGUGGUUGAGUAUUCAGAGAUUGACCAGGCGACUGCCGAGGCCAAGGAUCCCCAAGACGCUGCGUUGCUAAAGUUCCGUGCCGCCAACAUUGUCAACCACUACUAUUCCUUUGACUUCUUCGAGUCUAUCGAGACCUGGAUGCACAAGCUGCCCCACCACAUCGCUCGCAAGAAGAUCCCCUACGUCGACCCGGAGAGCGGCGAGGCUGUCAAGCCCACUAGCCCCAAUGGUGUCAAGCUGGAGCAAUUUGUGUUUGAUGUGUUCCCCAUGACGCCUCUGGACAAAUUCGCCUGCAUUGAGGUUCGUCGCGAGGACGAAUUCUCUCCGCUGAAGAAUGCGGCGGGUACUGGUCAGGAUGAUCCCGACACCAGCCGUGCCGAUAUCAUGAAGCAAGGCCAGCGGUGGAUCGAGGCCGCGGGCGGCAUCGUGGUCACCGAGGGAGACAAGUUUGGCGUGGAAGUCUCUCCCUUGAUCAGCUAUGGCGGCGAGAAUCUGGAAUUCCUUCAGGGCCGGGAGAUCAAGGCUCCAGCGAUUAUCGAGAAGGAAGAGGAUUAA